GGAAUAUAUUGUUGGAACUCCUCGUUAAAGGGGAAAAUGUGUUUUGAUCAGUUGAUCGGCUGGUAUGAGGACUAAAAGAAGCGACUGGACUUGAACAUUUGGUUGGUAUUUACACUUGUUUACAACACUUGUAUUCACUGUGGAAAUUUACGUAACCAAGGACGCUCUCUUCGUCAAUGAAGGAGUAGACGUUUAUUUACAGCAAAAAACUAUCAAGGCUAUUCAGGGAAACGGUGCAACUCUCGUUACACUCAGUAUGUCUACAAGUUCAUAGUCGUUACAGUGGAAUAGAACGUUUCUUAUGUUGAUGUCUGCUGAAGAAGAUUUUGUAUAGACUGCGGGAAUUUCUUCGUCAACAUUUGGAUAAUUUGUGCCCCAUUUAUUGUUUCGUUAUAAAGUGAAUAUUCACAAGGUGAGUAAGUUAUAGUUUGAUCAUGCCUUGGUAUGUCUAUUACUGAACGGACAUCAUGCCUUGGUAUGUCUACAGCUAAAGCUACAAUAUGUCUUGGUAUGUCUACAACUAAACUGGCAUGCACUAGAACAAAAAUUAAUGUGUAUUAAAUGUCCGCAUUUUUAAAAAUGCUUAUUCUGACGUUCCUAACCCGAUAAUCCUAAAUUUUGUUGUACACACAUUUUUAAAUCACCAACUGGGCAAGUUAACAACUGUUUGAAAAAGGACAUGAGUGAAACAAAGUAUGUGAAAACCUGGAAAAUGAACAGCAUUUCGUGUUUUAUUUUAUUUAUUUUUUUUUUUUUUGCGUUAAUUUUUUUGAGGUUUUUCUAUACUUUGUUUCAUUAAUUCCCUUUUUUUGUUAUUGCUAACCUUAUUGCAGUCUCUAUCCAUUACUCCAUUAUUGCAGUCUCUCUCCAUUACUCCAUUAUUGCAGUCUCUCUCCAUUACUCCAUUCUUGCAGUCUCUCUCCAUUACUCCAUUAUUGCAGUCUCUCUCCAUUACUCCAUUAUUGCAGUCUCUCUCCAUUACUCCAUUAUUGCAGUCUCUCUCCAUUACUCCAUUAUUGCAGUCUCUAUCCAUUACUCCAUUAUUGCAGUCUCUCUCCAUUAUUCCAUUGUUGCAGUUUAAAAAAAGGUUCGAUGGCUCAUUGUUUUCUGGCUCAAUUGACCAGUGAAUCUAUGUAUCUACUUAACAAUAUUGCAUCAUUAGUAAAAAUCCUGACAACACCAUAACUGAACAGCGUAAUUCUUGUGUGUAAUUCCCUGUAAAGUGACACUGUCAACAUCAGAAUCCUAGAAUGAACAGAAAGCGUUCAAUACCGCUUCAAAAUAACAAAUGUCUGUGUCAUCCUUUACGCAGUCAAUGCUUUAACUAAAGAACACUUUAUUCUAUUGGGCCUACAUACACUAUAUUUUUUUUAUUUUCUUAAAUUUUAUUCUGUUUUAUCUGUUUGUUCGCUGACGAAGGCUUCUUGCCGACACGUUCGUUGAAUUUUUGCGUUCCUUUUUUUCAGGUUUAACCUUAUUUUGUUUUACUCACUUCCCAUUGUACUAACCCGAUUGCAGUCUCUAGCUUUAUUACCCAACUAAAGAACACACUUGGAUCUCACCAUUACAACUGUUGUUAAUGUUUUUUUUUUUUAAAAUAGUUUGAAAAGUAUUUUGUUGAUUUAAUUGCAAACAGUAAUGAGAAGGGCGCCUCUUUUGCUGUCUGGCACACGCCAACUGUAGCAAGCACCCAUAUAUUAGAGUUUCAUUAUUUUGGCGGGUCAUUUCUAGACAUUACUCCAAUAUAAUAGUUGCACAAUUUCUUUACUGAAUUAAUUAUACAAAGUUUAUGCUAAAUAAACUGUAUUCUCAAGAUAAUAUAUAUAUAUAUUUUUUUAAUCAAUCAAGAUCCAAAUAAGUUGAGACAAUCAGCAUUUAACCAUCUAGCUUAAUUAAGGAUAUCGGUGAAAGGGAAGGGUGACUAAUGAGGAUGUAUGGUGGGAAAGGUUCUUGGCUCCCCCAUCCCCCACCCCCCACCCCCGAAAUCUUUUAAAACUUCAAACAUGCAGUGAUGCAUUUUGGCGCGUAUCUGAGUUUAAUUUUGCACCAUUCUGUAUUCAGACCAACAGAGUAGAUGGUAAUAGAAAUUAAUGUCCUAGGGUUAAGCAUUAAUCAGCUUUUCACUCCCCUGAAAAAUACAUUUCACUUUCGGAGGAUGAUAUGGUGACAUCACACGGCACAUUAUUUACUAUCGAACUAUUUCCAUUUUUCUGAGGACUCAAAAAUUUAGACUUAGUUAUGGAUUGUCGUUUAUUGCAAAUAUCUAUUUUUGUCUUUAGUAUUUUUGGGGUGGCCCUGUUUCUCCUGACAAUGUUUGCCCUAAGUUCCCCCAACCGACCUACCCCUCCUUCCCUGCCCCCUCCGUGCCUACGCAACUGAAUGGAUAUUUUCACAUAAAAGGCAUGUUGAAAUAUUAACAGGUAAAACUUGUCCAGGCAAACCGUUAAAUUCUUUAUGAUUGACGCCUCCCACUUUUUAUUUCUGUAGCUUAAUUUAACAGCACGAUGGAGUCAAUUUAACAGCACGAUGGAGUCAAUUUAACAGCACGAUGGAGUUAAUUUAACAACACGAUGGAGUCAAUUUAACAGCACGAUGGAGUCAAUUUAACAGCACGAUGGAGUUAAUUUAACAGCACGAAUUUAGAUCUAAGCGUUGGCUCAUGUAUGGGUUCAGUGCACUGGUGCGUGGUGUUCAUUGAACCAUGCAAACAUGUAUUCACUAUUAGAGGCAUGAGAAGGUUGGGUGUGGCAAUGUUCAGGCGACUAGUUCCCACGACAUACGGCUAUUCACUAGAUCUGGUGUCGUCUGCUUUGCUAACAAUCAAGGACGGUAUGAUUAUUACGUAGAAAAGGGGAUCUAGCUACACCUGCCCCUGUGUUGCUCCCCACCGUGCACCCGCCGCUGUCGAUCAUUUUAUCAAGAUAACGAACCGAUAAUCUAAAUUAAAUGAAACUUUUUUGAGAAUAGCUAUUUUCUAAAAGAUAAGCAGACGUGGCUUGGAUUAUGGUACCCUCAAGACUGUUCAAAUUAAAACAUACAAAAAUGGAUAGGCUUAAUAAAGAACAAAAAAAAAGUAACGUUAGGAUUCGCAUUGUCUUAUCAUUGGUAAGUAGCGAAGUAGUCUUCUCGGUGUUAAUUUCCAGAUGCCAACGCCGCAUGUAGCUAUUGAUAGCAGAAAGGUCUUGUUGUAAUAGCGUUUGCAGGCGGUGGACAUCUUUACUGGUACGCCAGAUAACCAAAUCGUUGACAUAUAUCGCAGUUUUAGUUGCUAGAUUUAGUGGCAAGUCGUUGAUGUAGGCUAGAAAGAGGGUGAAACCGAGGGCCGAUCCUUGCGGUAGCCAUUCUUCAAGCAUUCUGUUCCUGGAGGUUUCGCUGCCCCAUUUCGUGCUGACUGUCCGGUUUCUAAGAAAACCGGCAACCCUCCUGUGCAUCUUGGCAGUUACUCCCAAUUUUUGCAACUCCACAUAGACCGGACCUCCAAACCCGGUCAUAUGCUUGUCGCAGGUAAAAAAAUACAGCCACUGUAUGCGACUUUUUCUGGAGCCCAUCUGUUAUGGACUGGAGAAGACGGAGCACCUGAUCUACAGGCUGCAUUCCCUUGUGGAUGCCCGCCUGUAUUGGGCUGAGGUUCCCGGUACUCUCCAGGUACCAGUAGAGCCUCUGGUUAACCAUUCUCUCGGCUACUUUCCCUAAACACGAUGUUAGGGAAAUUGGACUGUAGACCAAAGGUAAUAAACCUUUCGACCCGAGGGCCAGAUUAUGUUUUUUUGACAUGUUCAAUGACCAUACCCGCAUACAAAAGCGCACGGAAAACCCUUCCUUUAAAAGAUGUUUGAAAGCACACCAUUCUGAAUGAAGUCUUCUUGAAAACGAUAAGACCCGGUAUUAUUCGGGUCAUAUAAAAAGUGCAUGGGGGGGGGGGGCAGCGUUCAAGCCGUUUUAAAUAACUUGUGGAACAAGAAAUGUUUAACCUUGGGAAAAAAUGCAGAACAAUUAAAAGGGCAUUUUAGGUCGACAAUACAAAACAAGAACAACAUUUGAACCAUGCUUUCAUAAUAGUUUAUUUUUUUAAGUGCCGCCCAGGACAGACCCAGCCCCUUCCUUUGGAGGCCUGUGGGUAGAACAUUUAUUAUGUAAAAUUUGGGUUAAAUUCAUGUAAUUUUUUUUGAACCGAUAAAGGCAUUAGACCAAUGGUUCUUAAAUUGGGAUAGCUCAGUAAGGCGCUGAAAGGUUUGGAAGAUUUUAGGUGGCGUUGGGACUUUUAAGGGGUAGCUAGCUGGGAAAUUAAAAUGAGAAUAUUUGUUGGCGUCAAAUAAAUGCCGAGGAUAGACAACACAUUUUUUCCACACAACAAAGACUAUUAUUAAUAUAAAUUCCGAACAGCGGUGCUCAAUACGUUUACAUUUAUACCCAGCUAGGUGCUGUGAGCUAAGACCAUUUAGAACAGUGUUUCCCAACCGCCAUGUGCUGUGAGAUAAAACUAUAUAUACCAGUGUUUCCCAACCGUCAAGUGUGUGCUAAAACCAUUUAGAACGGAGUUACCUAACCGUCAUGGGCUGUGAAAUAAAACCAUUCAGCAUCGUGUUUCCCAUCCUUCAUGCCCCCGCCUCAUCUGAGCAACUAAAAAAGGUUUAUAAGCCCCCGCCCCUCCCUCUAUAAGUGGAAAGCUAAACAGAUCGGACCGAAGACUGCUAAUAUCUAUAUUUUUUUACGAUUCUCAUCAACACACAAACGGCUUACGUCCAGCGUAUGCUAUAACAAUGCGUUGUUGAUAGCUCAAUCGGAAAAGUACAAACCAAUUGAUGAUGGAGUAUUCAAAUUUGAACCUCAAUGACGACAAGCGUUUUUAAUAACCCCGUGGCGAAUUUUUUUUAAAUGACCCCCCCCCCUACAUUCAACGCUUCGGCUAAACGCCUUCUUCAGCAGAUAAUAUUAUAAUAAACAAAAAAUAAAUUUAAAAAAAAAUAAUAAACUUAGGUUUUUGAAGAUCUCAAAUCAAUUAAAUCUAAGUUAACGCUUGUGCUCAAAUAGUGGCUCUGCCUUGCGUGAUGGUGCUACUAUAAAGACAUCACACACGACAUCACACAUGACAUCACGACAUCACACACGACAUCACACAUGACAUCACGACAUCACACACGACAUCACACACGACAUCACAAACGACAUCACACAUGACAUCACGACAGCACACACGACAUCACACACGACAACACACACGACAUCACAAACGACAUCACACACGACACUGCUUACGUGUCAGAAAUAUUUGCUAAAUUAAAUAAAAAUGAAUUAGCGCUUGCAGUAGAAUUAGGUCAACCAUUUUGUAAAAAUACCUGCCCUAUAUUCCUAACUUUAGAAUUAUAAAAAUAAACUACAUCCCCAGGUUUGUCUCGAGUCUUAUUAAUUUCUAUCACCACCAUCUCGGCUAGAAGAGAAAGCUGAGAUACGUAAUUACACUUAUCUCUUAAUACUUUGCAACCAUUUGAACGCUACAUAAGAUUGACCGAUCAAUUAAAUUGUGUUUUUUCCAUUGAAAUCACAGAUUGAGUAAUUAAUCCAUUUCCGUGAUUGAAGUGGAUUAGGGGAUUAUUCCGCCACGCACCCCAAAAGAAAUAAAAAUAAGAUCAAGCUUCAGCAAAACCGAGGAAUGCUAUCUAGAGAUUGGGCGGUAGGACAUUUUGUGUAAUAUUCUGCACCGUGGAUGGUGCAUGGAAGCUCCUUGGUGCACUCGUGGCAUUAUACUUUUGGAUUCAACGAGGUUCUUGUGAGGUCGUCCAGCUUUGAACAAAGCAAAGAAGUAGCAUAGACAUAUAGGCACAGUCAAUGAAGUUCCUGUCUAAAAAGACAUUGAUAAAAACAACAAACGCCCAUUUCUUGACCAAGUUCUCGCACCCACCACCCCCUUUGGAAUCAUUGCCCCGAGAAUAUGUUAGCGCGGAGUCCCCAGACUUUUAAAAAAAUGGGGCCGGAUCAGUGUCCUCAGAAAACUGUUGGGGCCGGAAUAUGGUUUAAAAAAUAUUUGAACAUACUUUAUGCACACUAAACAAUAACUAUGCACAUUACACAUGUCCAUUGCAUAUAUCUCAAUUCUUUGCACACGGCACAUAUCUCAAUUCUAUGCACACUGCAUAUAUUUUAUUUGUAGUGAAAUGAACUUCUUGAAAAAACAAUAACAAAAUAAAAAUGAAAAAUACAAACUAUCACAAACAUAAAAUUAAUAGUAUUUCAAGGGGAAGUAUGGCUAAUGAUAUGAUCAAUGUCCGGUUUCAUAUUUGUCGCUGCUAGCAUGGUUCCAUUACGGUGGCAAGGCGGGUCAGAUUAAGGGCCCUAGGCGGGUCGGAUUUGACCCGCGGGCCAUAAUUUUAGGACCCCUGCGUUUGCGUAUUAAUUCCCUUUAUGCUUGAAAAACGUAAGGUUCCCAAAGUGUUAUACCCCAGCACUAGACUGUGCAAGAAAAGUGUAACACCCCACAUCCGAUGGAGUAGAUGUGCUCAUCUGAUAGUGGAGAUGGGCAUUUGCGAUAGAGUGGAUGUAGGAGAUGUGGACAUCUGAUAGAUUAGACUUAGGAGCUGAGGACAUCUGGUAGAUUAGAUGUGGGAAAUAUGGACAGCUUAUUCUCGAGUUAUAACUCUUCCAUGUUCCUCCAAUUGAAUUUUAUUUUAUCCUAAUUUGAAUAAAAGUGUGACGUCAAUACUUGAUUCACACGGGGUUCUCACAAAUAAUAACUCUAUGUGUAUUUAUGUAUGGCUGUAACACCGUGUUCAAUAGUCGCACAAAAUAGCAAUCCCAGAAGUGAACACUAACUGGUGCAUUCUUAUAUAGUGCGUUACCUGAAUGCAUGUUUUGUCGAGUAGCUUUAGCAGAUGCGAAGCUCACGCAUUGCCUCUGCCAUUGGUUGGCGGGGUAUUUCUAGUUUCAAAUAAGCCAAUCAUAUUUUAACACGCCACGCAAAAGAAGUCUUAACAAAAACAUUUAGGUAAAAUUUGAAAGGUUUUACUUUUCCUUAGUCACUAAAAUAAUACUUGUAGAGUUUGGUCUUUCUGCCAUGUCAUUAAAAUACCCAAUCCCAAGCGGACUUAAAAGAAGAUUUCUAGAAAGGGAGGCAAACAGAAAUUGCAGUUUAGCAACUGUUGCUGAGUGUCGCCAUUUUGAAUUCAUGUUGUUAAGGUUGGCAUGGAUGAAUAUUUUCGUGAACUUUGUUACAUGCUGUGGUGACGUUGGACUAUUCAGAAGUGAACUUUGUCACAUGCCGUGGUGACGUUGGACUAUUCAGAAGUGAACUUUGUUGCAUGCCGUGGUGACGUUGGACAUAGGACUAUUCAGAAGUGAACUUUGUUGCAUGCCGUGGUGACGUUGGACAUAGGACUAUUCAGAAGUGAACUUUGUUGCAUGCCGUGGUGACGUUGGACAUAGGACUAUUCAGAAGUGAACUUUGUUGCAUGCCGUGGUGACGUUGGACUAUUCAGAAGACACCAGGUGGGACUUGAAAAUGGCCGGGGUUUGCAGGUGUGGAGGCUGUGGGGGUGGGGCGGUGGGGGUGGGUACCAGUGUUUGUUUCAGACAUUUCUCCCCGGGGGGGGGGCAUUUCAGAUUGUAGGGGGAGGGGCAGUGCCAGUUGCCACUGAGCAGUGGCCAGAGGCGUAGCUAAGGGGUGGCAGAGGGGGGCAUGCGUCCCCAAACGCCAGAAAAGCGGGAUAACCAAAAUAUGCUUUAACGGUGUUUGAUGGUUGAAAAUAAUUAGUUACGUUCAGAUUUGCGGUGGGGGGGGGGCGUAAAAAAUAAUCAUGUCCCCUGACGCCAAACUAGCGUGGCGUAGAAAGAGGAAAGGUGGGGUGCAAUGUUCCCUUUAGGCUGCGCGGUGGCGCAACUAUCUGACAGACGCCGCGCAGCAGUUUUGAGUCCUGCGCAGUGCACUUAACAAAACUUUGACAAUGAAGGGCCACAAUGCAGUGGUUUCCAUAUUAUAGGCAGUGUGCCCCAAUACUUCAAAUACGGUUAUAAAUGUCAUGGGUAGCAUUUUAAAUUGUAAUGUAACAAAUUUUCAAUGUUACGUUAAAUAACAACGAAUGGCCGGUUUGCCUGGAAUAAUAAUAAUAAUAAUAAUAAGGGGUCUUAUAUAGCGCGGUACCCCAGCCUAGGGCUGGGCUCACCGCGCUGUACAUAAAAAUUUUAUCAAAAGAGACAUAAUCAUGACAUUAAAAUAAAAUACAUUAUUGAAAUAAAGAACAGCAAAAAAAAAAUGUAUAUUCACCCACCCCAACAAAUAACUUUUACAAGGCAAACCAUGGACGGCAGCCAGCAAGAUCUUUUAUCGGUCAGAGGAGGGGAAUCACUCAGGGUAGUAUAAUACUCUGUGACUGACAUUGUACACAUCAAGUGAGAGGCCGAUUGAGCCAUUAUUAUGUGCACAUCAAUUGAUAGGGAGAUUUAACUAUUUUUAUGAAGCUGACGACCAAUGAGCAAGAAAACCUAUUCAAUUACAAACAUGUUUCACCUACAAAUCUACACAAAGAAAGAGCCAUGUUACUUUUGAAGUCUUGUGAAACGUUUCAAAGCCUAUAAAUAUCUGAUAUUUUAAGAUUAAAAAAAAAAAAAUCUUUUCUCUUAUUCAGUUAGCUGACAGAGUAUUAUUUCCAUUGUGUGAUUCUUUAUCACAUGUCAUGGAGGCGGCAACGCAUGCUCGUUUUUUAAUUCAUUUUGACAGUGACACAUCUGUGUCAUAUUUGUAUUUACCUUCUUACUGUCUAGUCUUGAUUCGUCACUGCUUACAAGCGAUAGCUGGUGGACCACAGUUAGUGAACCAUAGCUAAUGGACCCAGUUAGUGAACCACAGCAUGUGGACCACAGUUAGUGAACCACAGCAUGUGGACCACAGUUAGUGAACCACAGCUGGUGGACCACAGUUAGUGAACCACAGCUGGUGGACCCCAAUUCGUGAACCACAGCUGGUGGACCACAGUUAGUGAACCAUAAUUCGUAAAUCUCAGAAUAAUAACGGGGUAGAUACUGCAAUCGGGUUAGAUAGAAGGAAAUAUGUGAAACAAUUCAGUUGAAACCCUGAAAGGAGGACGCAACAAAACAAUGAAAGUGUCGGCAAGAAGCCUUCUUCAGCGAACAGAAACCAACAAAGAGAUAAGUCUGAUCCAGGCAUCGAUCAGUAGGCAACAUGCAAUUAAUAAACUGUUUACAUAGCUAGUAGAUCACAUGCAUUUAAUAAACUGUUUACAUAGCUAGUAGAUCACAUGCAUUUAAUAAACUGUUUACGUAGCUAGUAGAUCACAUGCAUUUAAUAAAUUGUUUACAUAACUAGUAGAUCACAUGCAUUUAAUAAACUGUUUACGUAGCUAGUAGAUCACAUGCAUUUAAUAAAUUGUUUACAUAACUAGUAGAUCACAUGCAUUUAAUAAACUGUUCAUGCCAUUUACAAAUUACAGAUUCACCGGUCUCACAACCUAUUAUAAGAAGCAACCAAACAAAGUACAACGACUAAGACUUCGGUAAACUCCGUGAGCCGCCCAGACUUCGGUAAACUCCGUGAGUUGCCAUGUCUGUUGAAGAUCUACUGAUCCAUUUUGUCUAUGGCGACGACGAUGAGAGCACUCGCCUCCACAGACAGUACUACAUGCCCGGGGACGAGAUGAAGGGAGUGGUCUCCCUGCACCUGAGGCAGGCCAUCAAAACAAGGGGCCUAACAAUACAUUUCUUGGGCAUGGCCACCGUCUCAUGGGAGUCUAACAAAAAGAAGAGAGUACGUAGUGUGUUCACUAAAAAAAAAAAUUAAGUAGACAAAUGAUACACAAGCAAGAUAUUAAAAUAAAACAGCAAAUGCAUCUCCUAAUCUAAAUAUUUCAAAAAUUAAAAGGAAAGAAAGGAUCAAUGGUGGAUACAAGUCCUUUUCAAAACGAAUACCAUAAGGUUAUUUUCACAAUACGUCUGUACAAAUACGAAAUCUUAUUCAAUGUAUUUAGGGGGAUACAUGUUUUGACCUUUUAUAUAAUAUCAAAUUGUAGUAUCUGUUCCCAUUAAGUCACCAAACCUGUUUGGGUGGCUUGGGAUAUAUGGUUUUGUGUCUGCCAUGGCCGGGAAGGCCAUAUUGAGAGACUCGCAAGACCAACAGACCCGCAAGACAAGUAAGUAGACUCGUAAGACCCGCAAGACCAACAGACUCGCAAGGCAAGUAGACUCGUAAGACCAACAGACUCGCAAGGCAAGCAGACUCGCAAGACCAACAGACUCGCAAGGCAAGCAGACCCACAAGACCAACAGACCCGCAAGGCAAGCAGACCCACAAGACCAACAGACCAGCAAGGCAAGCAGACCCGCAAGGCAAGCAGACCCGCAAGACCAACAGACCAGCAAGGCAAGCACACCCGCAAGGCCAGCAGCCCCGCAAGGCAAGCAGACUCGCAAAAACAAACAUUAAAUGUGAAUGCUAAUAUUUAUAUAUAUUUUUUUUUAAAUCGUUAAUUUUUCCACCGAAAACCUCUUUGACAGGUUUACCAAGCAUCCGAGGUUCAUUUAGAGUCAGCCAAACAUCUCUUAGAUAUUGGCUACGACAAUGCCAUAGAACUGCCUAGAGGUCUCCACCAGUUUGGUUUCAAAUACCAGCUUCCAACGAACCUUCCUUCAACUUUCAAUGGCGUCUACGGGCAAAUUACCUACAUCGCUAAGGCAAGUCUGUGACUUUUUAAUUAGGGGCUGUACAUUACCCUGAUUAUGUCAACAAAUUUUAGGCACUUUUGACAUCCCCCCCCCCCCCAACCACUUUUUUUUGGUCAGCAACUCUCAGACUUUUUCCAACCCCCAUUCACUUUUUUUUUUUUUGACGUAAAUAAUGCACAUCCCUUUGGAAACUCAUUGGCUGCAAAAAUAGAACUAUUGAUACAUUUUAAAAAUUUAAAAUAAACCAAAAUUUAAAUAAAAAGCAACAUAUUGCAAACAUCUUUUGGUUUGUAAUUAAUAAAUUGACUCGAAACAUAUUUCACAAACACAAGUACUAAAAUUUCAAUGAAUUUUGUAAAUCAAUCACUGAUAGCAUAGACACUAAAUCAGUAUUCAAACAGUACGUAAAGAAGACUGCAUGAAUGUGAAUGUCUUCAGCUUUAGCCGUAGGCAGCUGGAUUAUACGACGGUUUCAGUGCAGGUGACCGAGAUCCCAUUCCAGCCAAUAAAUCUUUUUUUUACAUUAAAACGUAUCCCCCCCCCUCCCCAACAGGUUAAACUUGACUGUGAAGACGAGAGAAACACAACAAUCACAAGUGAACCUUUCAUGGUGCUGAGACGGCCAGAGCUUGCCCCAGAAAUCUAUGAAGAAAAGACCAUUAAAAAAAGCAGAUUUUUCCUCGGUCUUACCACGGGAAAGGUAAUAAUAAAUUAUUUUUUUUAUAUAUAGCAUAAACUAUAUUCAUUAAUGUAACUGUAAUUUUCCACAAAAUAUACAGCUGGUCUUAGCACUCGAUAUGCUAUUGCUACCUGCUUGAUCGAAUGUCCUAAAUAAACUUCACAUUAAAACAUCAGUGUGCAUCAGUUGAAGUUUUCAUGAACCCAGUCAUUUCGUCUUCCAUUUCUUAGAUGGGUUAUAUAAAUUAAGUGUCAAUAUCAUCAGGUCAAGGUCGAAUGCACCAUCGACAAAAGUGCUGCGGUGCCAGGGGACAAUAUUAUCAUUGAUGCAGAGGUUUCCAACUGGACGGGCAAAGAGAUAAGUCUGAUCCAGGCAUCGAUCAUUCUGGAGAGUCACUACCUGGCAGAGGGACACGAGAUAGUUUUCAGGUAAGACGGGCAACUUUUUCAAAGAUCUGUAAUGAUGUGAUUUGUAACCAGGUCAAAUAUUGAUGAAGACCCGUGAGUCACAUUGAACAACAUCAUUUAUGACAAAGAAUCAGCCGUUCACUUGUUUUCCCACAGGCAAUAUUUAAGUAAGAGAGAUGACGUGUAUGACGUCAGCACAUUCAGAGGACGUCGCUGGCGUCAUGUUCUGCUGCCUGUUCCUCCAUAUCUGCCCGACUCAGGUCUAGAGCAUUGCAAGAUCAUGAACUUACAGUACAUCUUCCAGUUCAAGGUCGGUAACCUUGUGAUUCUAAGAUGAACACUAAGUGCCAAUAAGCAUCUGUUCAUUCCUAUACUUUUAUUUUAAUAACAGAAGAGAAGAACAUUAUCAAGAUAGUUGUGACGGAUGAAAUUUCAUUAACCACAAAAUUUUGAACAGAAGUUUUCAAUGUAAAACGCCUUAUAAACACGACCUCUUCCAGAAUUAUGGCGUACUGGGUUUACUGUAGCGUAUUUGCUUAGACCAUACGAACUUUUGUGUUUCUUUUGGGGGUAAACGUUCCCGAUAGUUGGUUAAGCACUUUGCAGAUUGUGCACAAUUUUAAAAAAUAUGUUUGGGGCUAAGAGUACAGCUUCGACUAAUGGAUUUUUGGUAUAGGCUUGGAGCAUCCCAUGUAUAUUAAAAUGACAUAUUAAGAAUGUUCCUAAGCAGCCAUUUCGCCCAAGCCACUAUUAUAUUAGUUCUAGAGGUACCCCUAAAAAUUCUUUCGUUUGAAAAUGCAUAUUAGAAUCGAUAAUAAUAAUAAAAAUCGUUUUAUUUUCCAGGUAAGGGUUGAAGGCAAAGAUGACGUUGCUCUGGAAACUCCCCUUUUUGUAGGCAUACACUCAACUAACUUAGGGUCACAGGGCAAAGAUUUACUACUUGGUAAAAUGUGGCAAGGCAUGUCAGCCACUGAAGAUGAACCCAUAACAAAGGAAGCGCCGUGGUACGGCGGGAAAUCUAUCUACACGGAAAGUGUCAAUGGAGACUUCUUUGACCUCAGGUCUUAAAAUAACCAUUUUGUUUGUUUGCUUGUUUGUUAUUGUUUAUGAAUCAAAAGGACAAAUCCUUAACUGAUGGGAUGCUUUAAUCUACAGGAAAAAUUCAAAAUACGAAUGUAGUUUUAGCAGACAAUAUAAGACUUAUAUUUUCUGAAGUGGAGACAGUGUCAUCAAUGAACCGUUAUUUAAAUCUCAUCAAAGAAAGCUCAAGUCCUGGCAGAUAGUACACAGUGCGUGCUGCUAGUGUGUCAAGAUGAGAUGAGAUUCUGAUCACUGGUGUAAAAGGAAAGUUUAAUACUUUAACUUCACAUCAUAUUUUCAAAUAUUUUGGGUUUGGCAUUGUUGCUUGCUUUGGUGCUCGUUUAUAUUAGAAGAUGCGUAUUCAAGGGGAGCUACUCAUGGGCCAAAUUUCAAAUGACAAUAAGAUUCAACACAGGAAAUACUCGUUUUAAUGAGACGCAAAUUUUUACAGUUGAUAUCACUUGGAACCUUUAAAAAACGUUUAAACUGCCACUUUUGUAAAUAUAUUGUCUCAUUAAAUUUUAUACUUUUUUGUAAAUAAGGACAUGCCUUUUUUAAAAAAAUGUGUUUUUGUAAUAUUUUUUUCUACAGUGCUCUCCUCUCUUCUUCAAACUUCUCAAAAUAUAAAUUGACAAUGUAUAUAAUAAUGUUAACAUUUCCGGAUAUAGUAUAAAAAUGACUUAAUGUUAUGUCGAUUCCCUAUAAUGGUCAUUUUUUUCUUGUUACUGUCUAUUCGUCAACUGAUAAUAUCAAUCAUUUCAAUUCAUGGAAUGACAAUAUAAAUAUACCAUACUUCUCUUGGCUUGUUUUAAAUACUAUACUACCCUGAAUGAUUCCCCUCCUCUGACCGAUAAACAAUGCUGCUGGCUGACGUCUAUGGUUUGUCUUGUAAAAUUUCUGGGGUGGGGUGGGUGAAUAUACAUUUGUUUUUGUUGUUUUGUUUACACGCUGUUCUCUAUUUCAUAUUUGUAUUUUAUUUUAAUGUCAUGAUAAUGUCUCUUUUGAUAACAGUUUUAUGUACAGCGCGGUGAGCCCUAGGCUAUAUAAGACCACUAAUAAUUAUUAUUAUUAUUAAAUAUAGGCCAACAUUUCAGGCAUUGUAUGCACAUGAGUGAACAUGUUGUUGUUUUUUUUUAUGUUGGGCUGAGGAAAAAUUUUGAACAUGUGUAAACAACGAAUAAAUGUUUGCUUUCUGUGGACUUAACAGAGAGCUAUUGGGCUCGAUCAGUAAUGUUGCAUUUGUCAUUAUUCUAUUACUUAUGAUCUUUAUUUUUGCUAUUGUCCCUUAUUUAUUUUAAUGAAAUUUCAUGGGAUUCUGUGUUAUAAAUAAGAUAAAAUACAUGUAUCAUUAUGUGACAGUACGUCACCAUGUAAAUACUGGGCUUAUUUAGAACAUUAAUAUCGUGUUAAAUACCAGGUAUCUCUAGUCUAGACAUUUAAAUAUCGCCAUCCCCCUGGUCAAACCAGAGCGCAUAACAACAGUCUUAGAUUAGACAUCAUGGAAUAAUAUGAGUCCAGCAACUGUUUAGCUCCCCUUAUGGGUCAAACACCUGCAUUUUUUGGAGACUUUCUAUUAAUGCUAGUUAAUUCCUUGCUUGCUUGAGUAUAGCAAAUAUUUUCAGGACCCAAACAUCGUUAUUAGCUCUAGUAUUAAAGUGCUAGUGAAAAAACUGUUGUUUAACUAUUUAACCUAUUUCAAUUGAAAUGAAUCAAUGUAUCAAAAAUUUAUUAUUCAUUUUACUUAAAUUAAAAGGAACAUCCUCAAAUCAUGGGAAUAUAUGAUUGUUUAUUUAAGCCAUGAAAACUACCAUGGUGAUGAAGUCUUGAUACAUUAAUAUUUUUUUAAAUCAAUAAAAUUCUUUGAGGUAAAUAAACUUUAAAAAAAAAAUCUUAUCUCAGUCAUCUCUUAAACAGAUUAUUUUGAUAUAAUCUAUAAAUAAUAUUGGCAGACUAAAACAAGAACAAAACAAAUGCCAAAAAAUUGUUUAUUUAUUAUGUAUCUUAACAAUAAAUUUGACAUAUGAAAGAAAGAAUGAAGCUGCACAAAUAUCAUCCAAACACAACCUAUGCUAAACAUUAUGUAAGAUAUAUUUUUAGUUACUUUAUUUAUGAAUUCUGUCAUUUAAAUUUAAACAAAAUAAAAAGUGUUUUUUUUUUUAACUA